CUCUAUAAAUACAAGCUCUAUCAGACCAAUCUCUCUCACUACUCUCUGAUCAUCAAGGAUUUCACAUACUUCAUCUGUUCAUCAUCAUCUUCUAAUUCCUCUUAUCGAUUAGUAAAAUGGGAGCCUUGUCGAAAACGCUGAUGGCUUCGCUGGUUCUCUCUUUUCUGCUUCUUCUCCUCGCCCAAGCAGAUCACCAGACCGUCAUGGACCUCAAUCAUGGAGGAGCUCCCAGCCCCUUACCCCCUGUCCUAGAUUGUGGAGUGGCCUGUGCUGGAAGGUGCAAGCUAUCGUCGCGGCCGCGCCUGUGCAAAAGGGCCUGCGGAAGCUGCUGUAGCAAGUGCAACUGUGUUCCUCCGGGCACUGCCGGCAACUUGGAGGCUUGCCCUUGCUAUGCUAAUCUCACCACCCACAACCAAACCCGCAAAUGCCCUUAAUUGAUUUAAUUUCUUUUCAAUUAAUUUAAGUACAUGCAUAUAUAUGCCUGAUCAGAUGCUAAGCUUUUGCUGUCAGCUUGAUCAAUCAUAUAUAUUGUUGUCUUCCACCAGAAUAAAGUUGAUGAUCAUGUAUCACAAACUUGUACCUCCAUUAUUAUUGAGAUAUUUUUUUUAGGCCUCCAUAUAUAUAUGUAAUAGCUUUUGUAUUUCUCUGUUAUGAGUUUCAAUA